GCCGCCUACAUGCUAGUUUCGAGGCACACACACUUGUGAAAUCACAAAUUACGAACUAGUUGUUGAAGAAGUUGUCAGAACCCCAACAAAAUUCAAUUUAUUUGUUUGCUUUUUUCAUUUGAAUCCCCCCUCCCUCUCUAACUGUAUUUUGCCCCACCGCAACUCGGAUUGAAAAGAUGCCGCGCAAUGUGCGCCAGAAGAAACGCGCUGAGCGCCGAGUGCAGGCGGCCGCUGCCACGGCUGCCGCUGCCGCCGAUGAGGCGGCCAAUGAGAAUAGUAAGCUGGUCAGCGAGCUGGACGAGCAUGCCAUGGGCGAUGGCCAUGGCGGUGACAUUAACAGCAACAGUAACAGUCACAGCAACAGCAGCAACAACCACAACAGCUGCAACAACAACAACAACAACAGCAGCAGCAACAACAACAACAACAUGACAAACAGCCUGAACACAAGCAACAUGAACAGCAACAACAGCAGCAACAACAACAACAACAACAGCAGCAGCAACAACAACAGCAACAACAACAACAGCAACAACAACAAUACGGCCAGCUCGAGCAACAGCAGCAGCAGCACAAAUGUUGUGCACAACAAAAAACCAAAAGCAUCCCGUGCCGAUCCCAUUCUGGCAUCGCUCAGUAAAAAUGCGCUAAGGAUGAGCGAUGUACAGCUAUUGCAUGGACCCCAUUGGCUCAAUGAUGCGAUACUGAAUUUCUAUUUUGCAUAUCUGGAGGAGGUUAAAUACAAAUCGAAUGUUGACUUUUUAUUUGUCACGCCAGAGAUGUCGCAGUGCAUGCUCUAUAUGGAUGAUAAGGAGCUGCACGGUUUGCUUGUGGCACAGCAUCAAGCGCUGCGUAAACCGUUCAUAUUUAUGGCAUUGAAUGAUAGCCAUUCGCGCGAUCGGGGCGGGGCACAUUGGUCGCUGGUUGUUGCCUCGCGGCCGGAUAAGAGUUUCUUUCAUUUUGAUUCGUAUGGCGGCGGCAAUACGAACUGCUCACUGGAGCUGGUCAAUAAUAUAAAGGAUGUACUCGAUAUGCAGCAUGCACGCUUUCGGGGCAUGCGCUGUCUCCAGCAGAGCAACGACUAUGAUUGCGGCAUUCAUGUCAUCUGCAUGGCCGAUCAGUUGACCGACUAUGUGAAUCGUUAUGAUAGCGUUGAUGGUGUCCAGCCACUGCAUCAGGAUGUCAUCAAGGCUAAGCGUAAUCAACUUAUCAAGCUGGUCGCCUCACUGGGUCAGCAUAUUUGAGGGCAGCAGCCACAACAACAACAGCAACAACAACAACAACAGCAACAACAACAACAACAGAGAACACAACAACAACAGACAGACAACGCUUACAAUUUGCAACAAAAACGCAUUUUCCCCAGUUUAACGCUCGCUUAUUUGCACUUUGCUCAGCUGCGUUACACUGCGCACUUUACAACACUGGCACACAGGACACGCACACGCACACGCAU